UGCAGAGCUGUGUCCACCAGGAAAUGCGCUGGGGGGAUGGGGUGUACCUAGGCCCUGCUCUGUCCCUCCCCUGUUACCCAGCACAGCUGGGUCCCUGGGGACGAGGCCCUGCCUGGCUUCCUCAGCCAGACGCUGCUGUCACUUUCCCUGCGCGCUGGUCCAGGGAAGGGGAAGGGCCGGACUGCAGGGCGGGGCCCGGGGGAAGUUGUUUUGAUCCAGCCACAGAGCAGAGCAGAGGGAAGGGAAGAAGGAGGCACACGAAGAGGGGAGCUGGCCAGAAGAGGGGGAGCCAGGAGCCCCAAAAAGGCGAGACAGCAGCUGAGACACUGAGGGCGAGGGACGGGUGAGCUGCGUGUGCCCACGGCUUGCUGCCCCGUCCCGCAGACCAUCAGCCCCCCUGAGAGCAGCCCAGCCGGGGGGAAGAAUUAGCCAUCGACUUCACCCCGGGCAAACUUCACUCUGACUGUUCGCUCAUUCGUGAUUAAUCCCCCUGCUGGAGAAUUGGCUGCAUCAUAAACCCCAGCGCCAAUCUACUGCUUCCCCAUCACCAUGGAGGCUUCUCUUGCCGCCUGCAUCCUCGCUGCUCUCCUGGCUUCGGGGUCCUGUCUGCAGUGUGAGGUUUGCACUGAACUAGGAACCAGCUGCUCGGGCACCGUACAGACCUGCUCCGCUGGGCUUGACUCUUGUGGCAUCACUCUGAUUGAACAAACAUUGGUGGGAAUGAAGCAACAGGUCAUUGUCAAGGCCUGUAUUUCAUCAGACCGUUGUAACCUUGGACCCCUCACUAUGAAUUUCGGGAAUGGAGUGACAAUGAAGCAGGGCAUCGCCUGCUGUGUGGGAGACGCCUGCAGAACCACCACUGUUACCGUGCCCCCGGCUGACCCCAAACCCAACGGCCGGCGCUGCCCAGCCUGCGUCGCUGUCCUCUCUGCUCAGUGCAAUGAAGGGAUCAUAGAUUGUACCGGAGCUGAGACCCGAUGCAUUGAGAUUGCUGGGACUACAACCAUAGGUGGAACAACCACAUCGAUGACCAUGAAGGGCUGCGCUAGUGAGGAUCUCUGUGCAAAUACAACAGAGGCUUCGGAGUCCUUUGCAGGGAUCAGUACGGAUCUAACUUUCAAAUGCAAAGCAUCGGGCACAGCACGGGGCCCAGUUGGGCUCCUCAUCCCAGCCCUCGCUGGGCUCCUUCUCAUGCAGCUCCUCUCCUGAUCCCCCACCCGUGCAAUGGCCACACUACACUCAAUAACACCCUUUCUGCCUAUGUCUACCCCUCUCUGCAGCCACUGUCCCCUUCCAGGGGCUCUGGGCUCCCAGCCGGAUUCGCUUCCCCUUUAUUUUGUUGCACUGAAUAAAACAAACCAGAGACCAAA